UGUGUAUAAAUCAGCCGGCGAACAUGAAUGCGACCUCUUUCCUCAAACUAACACACGUGGGCAAAGGACGCGUACAGACCAACUAGCAAAAUGCCCUCAUACAAAGUCGCCGACAUUGAAUUGGCCGAUUGGGGCCGUAAAUGUAUUGAAAUUGCCGAGAAUGAAAUGCCAGGACUGAUGCAGAUGCGAACAAAAUAUGGAAAGUCAAAGCCCCUGGCUGGAGCCCGUAUCGCAGGCUGCCUCCACAUGACAACCCAGACAGCUGUACUCAUCGAGACCCUCACAGCCCUCGGCGCAGAGGUUCAAUGGAGUAGCUGUAACAUCUUCUCGACCCAGGACUUUGCUGCGGCCGCCAUUGCCAAGACCGGAGUUCCUGUGUAUGCAUGGAAGGGCGAGACCGAUGAGGAGUACAUGUGGUGUAUUGAACAGACUCUGGUGUUUGCUGAUGGCAAGCCCCUAAACAUGAUCCUUGAUGAUGGCGGUGAUCUUACCAAUCUCAUCCACGAACGCUUUCCCGAGUACCUCAAGGAUAUUAGGGGAUUGUCCGAGGAGACGACCACAGGUGUACACAAUCUCUACAGAAUGAUGAAAAACGGAAAACUGAAGGUCCCAGCCAUCAACGUCAACGAUUCGGUAACCAAGAGCAAGUUUGACAACCUGUAUGGAUGUCGUGAAUCUCUCGUCGAUGGCAUUAAGCGUGCAACAGAUGUCAUGUUGGCUGGUAAAGUCGCCAUGGUCGCUGGUUACGGAGAUGUUGGCAAAGGAUCUGCCCAUGCCCUCCGAGCCUUCGGUGCCCGUGUGCUGAUUACAGAAAUCGAUCCCAUCAACGCUCUCCAGGCUGCAAUGGAAGGAUUUGAAGUUACAACUGUAGAGGAAGCCCUGAAGAAGGCCAGGAUCUUUGUCACCGCUACUGGCUGUAAGGAUAUCAUACAUGGUGAAAUGUUCGAACAGAUGCUGGAGGACGCUAUCGUAUGCAAUAUUGGACAUUUUGACUGUGAACUUGAUGUCAAAUGGCUGAACGACAACUGUGCCAAAAAAGAACAAAUUAAACCUCAGGUUGACCGAUACACACUAAAAAGUGGCCGCCACAUCAUCCUUCUGGCCGAGGGGCGUCUCGUGAAUCUCGGAUGUGCCCAUGGCCAUCCCAGUUUUGUCAUGUCAAACUCCUUCACAAACCAGGUUCUCGCCCAGAUCGAACUGUGGACCAAGCAAUCGGACUACAAAGUUGGUGUCCACCUCCUACCAAAGUCUCUUGACGAACAAGUAGCUGCUGCUCAUCUUGAACACUUGGGAGUGAAACUGACCAAGCUGUCAUCUGACCAGUCAGAGUAUCUUGGAAUCCCACAGGAAGGUCCUUUCAAGCCAGAAAUCUACAGAUACUAAAAUGUGUCCGGAGAACCAACAAAGACUGGGGGGAAAUGUCGGGUAGAAUUUGGUGUGGUGCAGACUUUGACUCCAUGCUCAUCGUAGGGCUUGCCAGGCCUUGUGUUCCUAUUGGCCACAUUUGACCAAUCAAGAACAGAGAAAGAGCUUGUAUCUAAUUUGGUACCAUAGGAAUAGCUAGGUUCUAGACAAAUGAAAAAGUGCAACUCCUGUUAAUCAGAUGUACGAGAUAGACAACAAGUAUCGAGGACAGUUUGAUAUCGCGAUGAAAUCUUUUAUGGUUAUCAUACAGUAAUUGUCAAUUCAGAAAUCCAAUUUCAUUGUGUAUGUUUGUUGGUAAUGUUAUUUCUUACAGAUUUUGUGUUUCUGAAUUUCCAAUGUCGGCUUGUUAAAGGAGCUGAACUCUGUCGUGGUACAAACAUCCACACUCCAUACAAGUAAACGAGUCCAUUUGGAAUUGUUCUUUGCUGGAAACAAUUGUUUUUGUAAAAAACACAUGUUGAAGAAUAUAUUUUAAACAGAUUUGUUUGCUAUCGUGUCACUAUCAUGAAAAAUGAUGAUAAAAAAAUAAAAAUAUGAACAGAA